AUGGAAAAUAAUAGCAAUAAUAGUAAUUGUUCCCAUUCGAAAAAUCGUCGUAGGUUGUCGUCAAACAACAGCAACCGCAACAACAACAACGACGCCACAUCAAUUGCAGACGUGCAUCUGGAGAAGAUCAUCUCUGAGAAUGGCAAGUUGAUGAAGGAAAAUGUUGAACUUCACCAGAAAUUCAUCCAGAUGAAAGAAGCUACUGAUGCGAAAAUUAGAGAAUUGAAAUCUCUUUUGAAGAAGUUAGAGCAGGAAAACACAAGUUUCAGAUAUUUGAACAGCCAGUUUGAGCACAAAAUCAAAUUAAUGGAGGUGGAGUCAAAGCAGAAAAAUGAAAAAAUUAUGGAACUACAAGAUAAAAAUCUUCAGGCCAUCAUCCAAACAUCUGGAAAUAAGAAAAAAUCAUCAACGACCUCACUGCAGCAACAAAGAAUGGAGAUUGACAACCAUGUUCCCCCGGCCAGACGACCUUUGAACCCGACUACCACAAACUCUAACAAACCCAACUUCAACUUUGAUCCAUACACUGCUGAUCUACUGAAGAUUGCUGAUGAAAAUAUCAAUAGACUUAGAAUUGAGGUAUCCACACUGACUUCUGAAAACAUUGCGUUCCAAAACUGCAUCGAUAAUCUCCAGAGAAAACAAUACAAAAUUAUCAUUAAGGUAGAGACAAGAAAUGAUGAGAUAGCCAGGCUGACCAAGCUACUAGAAGCUGGGAAUCUCGAACAUUUAUUAAUAGCUAUGGAAGCUAAAAAUAGAAACCACGAAAAUACCAUUACACAUUUAAAUGAACAGAUUGGUAGCCUGAAAAGAGAAAAUUUAAACCUUAAAAAUAUUUACCACAAUAAUAAUAACGAUAAUAACAAUAAUAAUAACGAAGUAAAUAUUAAUGAUAAUAGUAAUGAUACCACCAAUAAAAAAAGUGUUGAUGAUAACUGCCCAAGUGAUCAUCAGGCAAUACAAUCCAAAGAUCAUAAAAGAGUUAAAGAAAAGGAGCUGGUGAUGGAGAUAGACAGACUGAGACACCAACGCAUCCACCUGCAAGGCAACGCCAGCCAGAACAAUAGUAAUAAAAAUAAUAAAAUGAAUAAAAACAACCACAACAAUAAUAAUAAUAAUAACGGUUUAGCCCUUUGUAGCAAUAAAUCAUGUAGGAAUGGGUACAAAGAGGUUGACGCCAUUGUUAAAAAUUUAGAACGAGAGAAGGAAUACUGGAUGAAUGAAGUGGACACACUCCACAAAGUUCUUUCAGUUGUUUCAAGGAACAACAGCCUCACAAUUACAAACGAAAAACUCCGAAACGCCAACAAACAACAACAAAAUACUCAACAAAAAAUAACAACUACUACUACCAGUACCGCCCGCAACAACAAGAUCAUUACUAGUACCACAAACGAUUGUUGUGAUGAUGAUAAUGAUGAUGGUGGUGGUGGUGCUGGUGACGAUGUUGAGAGAGAUUUGGAGAUGGUGAGAAAGGAGAGAGAUGAGAUGAAGAUGAUGAUUGAAAAAUAUGAGAAACAUAUAAAUGAGAUCCAAGCCAAUGUUGACCUACUAUCACAAGAGCGAGAUCACGUAAAUAUGCUGUACAGCCAAGCUAAAAGUGAACUCAGCGAACGAAGGAGGUUUGACAUCGAGAGGUUGAAAGCAGCGUCGUUAUCGUCAGCACCAUCAGCAUCAUCAUCAUUGCAGAUGGCGUUGAUGGCGAAGGAGAGAGAUAGUGCGAUAGAGAGGGUGAAUGAGUUGAUGAGAGAGAGGAAUCAGCUGCAUGAAAAGAUUGCGGAAUUAAAUGAAAUGAUGAAUUUGGAGAAAGAGGACCAUGAAGACCAACUAAACAGACUGAAAGAAUCCUUACUCCAGUCAGAACAGUCAGAGUCAAGUCUGAGAGAGAAGUGUAUGAAAUUGGAGGGAAUGAUAGAGGGAAGGAAUGCGAAUUGCGACGAGAGGAUGAAUAAAAUGAGAGAUGAAAUCAACCAGCAUAAGGCUACCGCUUCACAGAUGAGGAUGAUAGCUGAUGAAGCAGAGCGACUGACGAGAGAGGCCAACUCAUCCUUAAAUCUGUCCCAGGCCGAACUGAAGAUGAUGAGAAAUAGGGCGGACGAUCUCGAGAGAGAGGUGGAGGAGUGGAGAGAGGAUAGUCGCAGGAAACAGGAAGAAGUCAGCCAGUUAAAAAAGUCUCUGAAAUCUCUUGAUAGAGAGAAGGACGAGUUGCAAAGUUUGAUUGACGAGAAGGCGGAGUCUUAUGCCUCUAGAGACAGAGAAGCUUCCUCACUAAAACGGAAGUACGACUCGUUGGCUGGAGAACUUGAUGACGUCAAAAAAGGUAGGGAUGGGCUGAUGAAAGAGAAUAAAAGACUGCAGGAUGACAUCACCGCCGUCACUAAAAAUAACCAAAUCUUGAAUAGGGAUUUCCAGGACGCCCUGAACGCCCGUGACCUUUCAUCAGGUCAGAUGCAGGAGUAUUUAAAUGAGGUCAAGAGAUGUCAGGAGUUACUUAGUUCAAAAGAAAAAGAAAAGAACGACGCCAUCCAACAAUACGCUCUACUCAUCGUCCAAUCAGAGAGGCUGGAAUCAAUAAAUAGGUCACUGGAGACGGAGCUAGCCAGUCAGAAGAUGAGAAUUUUAAAUGGGGAUGCUGAGUUGAGGAGAGCGUUGGAGAGAUGUAACAAACUGGAGAGGGAAUUACAAGGGACAACAGACAUGGAACAGAGGUACAGCGUGCAGUUGAACCAGGUAUCCAAGCGAUCAUCAUCUCUUGAAGAGGCAGCAGUGAGGUUGGAGAACGACAAGCGAGUACUUCGCAGUGAUCUGGAGGCGGCUCGUGAACUUUGCUUUAAGUUGGAAUGUGAUAAGGAACAACUGCUGAAGAAGGUUGCUCUCAAGUCUGUUGCUAAUGAAGAGGUUGAAGCACUUUUAGAGGACAGGCAGCACGAAGUAGAGGCGCUGAAGGUGCAGUUAAACCAGGCAAAACAGUCGAUCGACAACUUGGAGAACGUUCUGCAACUGAAUCGAAGUAGGGAGUGGCAGUUGCAAGUUACUCUACAGGAGAAACAAUCCGAACUACAACUACUCAGAGAUCGAGUUGGACAAUUUGAAGUUAAAUUAUCAAACCAGAGUAGAGAGUUGCUGCAACACAGAAGUCGAUCCAUCGAGAUGGAAGCUGACGUGGAAAGAUUGAAGAGGCAGAUCAUUAGCGAAAAAUUUGAAAGGGAGAGAGCAGUGCAAGAAUUGAAACGCCACAACCUUCCACUGCCCGGCGAAUCUAGGCUGGGCCCCAUCAGUCCAAUCAGGUGAAGCCUACUUAACAUUCGUGUGACCUAUAUACAUCUGAUUAAUAUUCAUGUCACCUAUAUACAACAAAUUAAUAUUCAUUUAGUCUAAUUUAAAUUUUUGUGAUCUAUAUACAUGUACAUCUAAUUAAUAUUCGUGUGACCUGUUUACGUCUAAUUAACGUUUGUAUGACUUAUAUACAUCUAUUGAUUAAUAAAUAAAAUGAGUAAUUUUAAUUAAGAUCUAUUUUUACGCUUUCUUUCAAAAAGAAAAAAAUAAUUUCCUAAUUCGUUGCUGUUCUAUUUUUA